GUAUUUCCAGCUGCCAUUAUUCUAGUUCACUUUCGUCUCCAUGACGCGUUUUCUUUUUCGACGUGUGAAGUAGUUUAUAGUUUUGACUUAUCAGGAAUCGUUUUCCUAACAAUAUUGGAAAAACGGGAAACCCCACAAUUCACGUUCUCGUUUGCUGCUUUAAAAAAGGUAAAACAGAGCUAGGUAUUGGGACUAUGGAUUCCAUAGUCUUUCCCAAAACAUUCGUGUCGCUUCCAAACCUUGAAGACAAGAUUCGCAUGCUCAAAGAGUUCAUUUCUUGGAAGACUGAUGUUGCUUUAAACUUCCCCAAGCACAGUGCUUCAGGUGAAGACCCAUCGAUCCAAUUGGAACUGAGAGCUGGGCAUGUAAUUACAUUCUCAGGUGAAGACAUGGAGGUGUUAGAAAUAACUUGUGAUGCAAUGAUGAAAUCUAAACCAAAAUCUGCACGCUCCACCAAAAUCUUGCACUCAACUCCAAAAUCCCAAGUUGCCCCCAAACCUGUUGCUUCUGUUUCAUAUGCCAAGAAGUCUUUGCCUCCAACAGUUGGGGAUACUUCAAAUUCAGAACCCAUAGAUAUAACAACAAGAGAAAAACAACGAAAAGAAAUCCAUCAAGAAGCAAAGAUCAAGCAAUCAAACCAACAGCUGAUGAAGUCAGUGAUUUGGGUGUUAGUGCUCUACCAUCAUCUGAAAGCGAAGAAUCAGACUCUGGUAAUGAAGAAGUAGAUUGGCUGGCUCCAUCUCCUCCUCCUCGUACCCGCAACAAAAUCCCCCGGACUGAUGAUCGCUGUAUUGGUGGCAGUGCCUCAAGUAAUGGUGCCGUUCACUCGGCCGUUCAUCGCAAUGAAGUUAUUCUGACUCCUCCAGUAUCUCGGUGUAACACGCCAUCAUCUUUCCGAACUCCUUAUUGCCUUUAUUCCUUACUGCCUUAUUGUUUCCCUCAUCAACUUAGCAAUAUGUUUGCUGUUACACCCCUCUACAAGCUGCCAGUUAUGUGCCUUAUUGUUUCCCUCCAACUUAGCAAUAUGUUUGCUGUUACAUCCCUCUAAAAAACUGCAAGUUAUGCGCCUUAUUGUUUCCCUCGUCAACUUAGCAAUAUGUUUGCUGUUAAACUCCAUUUGUGUCAUGCUGUAUAACCUAGUCUUUGCAUUUUAAUCUCGUCGUCAAAUACAAAGAAAUUUGAACUCA